UGCAAACGGUCUGUUUCGACCGGCCACAGAGGUAGAGGACGUUGGAGUCACUGAAGAGGAUCCAGUAUAAAGAAUAGCCAACCCCUCCCUAUCCAACAUGUUUUCCCGCAUUGCAAGACCCACAAUUUGCAUUGCUACCAGGAGCUUAUCCACCUCCUCACAGAACAAUGCCAAGGUGGCAGUGCUGGGUGCUUCCGGUGGUAUUGGCCAGCCUCUCUCACUGCUCCUGAAGAACAGUCCUCUGGUGGGCGAACUGUCUCUCUUUGACAUUGCCCACACACCUGGAGUGGCAGCUGACCUCAGCCACAUCGAGACCAGGGCCCACGUCACUGGUUACAUGGGUCCAGACCAGUUGGACGCUGCACUGAAAGGCUGCAAUGUCGUUGUCAUCCCCGCUGGUGUCCCAAGAAAACCUGGCAUGACCCGUGAUGAUCUGUUCAACACUAAUGCCACCAUCGUGGCCACUCUGGCUGAUGCUGUUGCCCGCAACUGCCCCGAAGCCAUGAUCUGCAUCAUCGCCAACCCUGUCAACUCUACUAUUCCCAUCACAUCAGAGGUGAUGAAAAAGUAUGGUGUCUACAACCCCAACAGAGUGUUUGGUGUCACAACAUUGGAUAUCGUCAGAGCCAAUGCAUUUGCCGCAGAGCUGAAAGGCCUUGACCCAGCACGUGUCAAUGUACCAGUGAUAGGAGGUCAUGCAGGAAAGACCAUUAUUCCUCUCAUCUCACAGGCAACACCCAAAGUGGAGUUCCCAGCCGACCAGCUGUCUGCUCUGACCGCUAGGAUCCAGGAUGCUGGCACUGAGGUUGUGAAGGCCAAGGCUGGAGCAGGCUCUGCUACGCUGUCCAUGGCCUAUGCUGGGGCUAGAUUCACCUUCUCCGUCCUGGACGCCAUGAACGGAAAGGAUGGCGUUGUAGAGUGUGCGUACGUAAGGUCAGAAGAGACCGAAUGCAAAUACUUCUCCACACCUCUCCUCCUCGGGAAACACGGAAUUGAGAAGAACCUUGGCCUGGGCAAGCUGUCAGCCUUUGAGGAGAAUCUGGUGGCUGAUGCCAUUGGUGAGCUGAAGGGCUCCAUCAAGAAGGGCGAGGAUUUUGUUGCGAACAUGAAGUGAGAAGUUUGAAUCUGUGGUUAUUUAUAUUGUCCAGUAACUUAAAUGGCAACAAGGUCUCUCCAAAAUCCAAGUUUCAUCAUGCCUGAUGACGAAAUAGCUGUUAUCAGAAAUGUUAACUGAUCAGAAAUGUUAAUAACGCUAUCAAUAAACAGUUGACCUUA